UGAACACCAUUAAUAAUGAAGGAACACAAGCAUACCAAAUAGCUAGCCAUGGAGAUCAAAGUUGAGAUGAUCAAUAGAGAGGCAAUAAAGCCUUCCUCUCCAACUCCUCAUCACCUUAGAUGCUUCGAUCUCUGCCUUUUAGAUCAGCUCCAACCCCAAGUUUAUAUACCAUUGGUGCUAUUCUACUCCAACAACAGUGAUGGCAGUUCUUUUCCCGACCAUUUUGAGGCUGCUGAUAUAUCCCAUAGGCUAAAGACAUCGUUGUCUGAAACUCUGAGCCUUUUCUAUCCACUUUCUGGGAGAAUCAAAGAUAAUGUCUCAAUUGAGUGCAACGACGUUGGAGCUGAUUAUUUGGAAGCUCGAGUCAACUGUCGCCUCUCAGACAUCCUAGAACAACCCGAACAGAAAAUGUUGUACCACUUUCUUCCUAAAGAGAUUGAAUCUCUGCAAGCAAGCACAGAACGUUUGGUUCUAGUUCAAGUUAGCUUCUUCGAAUGUGGAGGAAUGGCCAUUGGCGUGUGCGUUUCCCACAGGGUAGUCGAUGCAGCUGCGACUAGCAUGUUCAUUCACAGCUGGGCUGGCAUGGCUCUUGAAGCGUUUACAGAUGAGGCAGUGCUGCUACCGGAAUUCAGUGCAGCAUCUCGCAUACCACCAAGAAUUGAAUACAAAGUCGCGGCGCCAGCCAUGAGCUUGGUGAACGAGACGACUGUUACGAGGAGGUGCGUUUUCGAUGCAUCAAAGAUUGCAUCACUCAAGGCAAAAGCCGCCAGCGCUAGAGUUGCGCAACCCACACGUGUUGAAGCGGUGUCAUCUCUCAUUUGGAAAUGUGCAAUAACCGUCUCAAGGUCAAAACGCGGAUCUAUAGUGCCAUCUACACUGACGCAAAUGAUGAAUAUCCGCGGAAAGCUUGUCCCGUCAUUUCCAAAAAAUGCUUUUGGGAAUCUCGUGUGGUCUUUUGGGGCACAAACAGCAGAAGCUGAGAUACACUUGGACAGCUUGGUUAUUGAAUUAAGGAAAGGGAAAGAAGCUUUUAGUGAAGAUUAUGCAACAAAAUUACAUGGGAACGAGGCUUUCUCUGUGAUUAGUCAGCAUGUCAAACAGUUUGGUAAGCUUCUCGCCUCAAAGGAUAUGCACCAGAUUUGCUUUUCUAGUUGGUGCCGAUAUCCACUAUAUGAGGCUGACUUUGGGUGGGGAAAGCCAACGUGGGUGACACUUGCUAGUUUGGUGUUCAAGAACGUCGUAGUUCUGAUGGAUACGAGAGAUGGCAGCGGAAUAGAAGCUUGGAUUACUCUUAGUGAAGAAGACAUGGCAUUAUUUGAACACGAGAAAGAGCUGCUUGAAUUUGCAUCCUUCAAUCCAAGUGUUCAUAGUUAAAUGAUAAUCUUUGUUUCAAGUUGUCUGGAGUGUAAUUAGUGUGCUUGCUAAUACUAGGAUUAAUGUAAAAGGUUUAAUAUUUGUUCUA